AGUCCUGGAGCAGCCCCAGGCUCCGGUGUCUUGGUCGCGUGCGGCGCCCUGGGGUCCAGCUCAGACUUGUCCUGCCCGGCGGCCAGGCUGCCGCAGAAGUGACCCGCGGUGGCCGCAGUGGCAGUGGCCUGAUAAAGGCUCGCCCUGGACGCCCUAAGCCCUUGUUUGGCGGGUGUGGAUGGAGGGCUCGUGGGUCUCUCGGACUAACCCACGUCCGGGCCGAGCUCGCUCCAGCCCUCCACGGGGGGCACCACUCUGGCCGGAGGCCCUCCUCCCACCCCCGGCCACAGAUGCGGGCUCCCUUCCUUCUGAGGAGGAAACAGGCAGACUCCGUGGGUGUCCCGGGUCCCCAAUGUGGGGAACCCUCAUUUCUAACCAGAGCGGGGAUGCAGGAGGCGCAGCUCUCCCGCAGAAUCGGGCAGAAAAAGCGACUGCUGGAGGCAGAAGAGCCCGGGAGUGACCUGCACGGAGCCCCAACGCCCUCUCCUACGGAGCCCCGCUUGGGGCAGCCUGCCUCCCUGGGCCCCCAGCGCAGCGUCUACUUCUCAAGCCCAAAAAGCCGCUCUGCACGGCUGGGAUCGGAGUUUUUCGACCAACCCGCUGUCGCCCUGGCACGGGCAUUUCUGGGACAGGUACUGGUUCGACGACUUGAUGACGGCACAGAGCUCCGCGGCCGCAUCGUGGAGACGGAGGCAUACGUGGGGCCAGAGGAUGAAGCCGCGCACUCUAGGGGUGGCCGGCAGACCCCGCGCAACCGUGGCAUGUUCAUGAAGCCGGGCACUCUGUACGUGUAUGUCAUCUAUGGCAUGUACUUCUGCAUGAACGUCUCCAGCCGAGGGGACGGGGCGUGUGUCCUGCUGCGAGCCCUGGAGCCCCUGGGGGGCCUGGAGACCAUGCGGCAGCUUCGAAACGCCCUCCGCAAGGGCACCGUGGGCCGAGCCCUCAAGGACCGCGAGCUGUGCAGCGGCCCCUCCAAGCUGUGCCAGGCCCUGGCCAUAGACAAGAGCUUCGACCAGCGGGACCUGGCCGCCGACACAGCUGUGUGGAUGGAGCACAGCGCCCCGGGGACCAGGGAGCCCGCUGUGGUGGCGGCAGCCCGCGUGGGCAUCGGCCAGGCAGGAGAAUGGGCCCAGAAGCCCCUGCGCUUCUAUGUCCGGGGCAGCCCCUGGGUCAGCGUGGUGGACAGAACGGCUGAGCAGAACACACAGAGCAGGCCCGCAGUGAGCGUCUGCGCCCACGAGGCUUUUUAAUUCUAUAAAAACCCAAUAAACACUUUAUGUCUAGAAAA